ACUUUGGUUGUGCUAAAAUAUUCCUGUGCAAUUGAUGUUUCCCAUCACUAUAAAUUGAAGAGUUUCUCCAUCUUCAAAGCAUCAAAAGAUCCAAUAGUUGCAACAUGAAGAAUUUUCAUGGGCUUUUUGUGCUCAUGGAAAGCCACAAGCCUUAUAUUGCAUUGCUUUCCAUACAAUUUGUGUAUGCUGGCAUGGCUUUGUUCUCAAAGGCAUCAAUUGAUAAAGGAAUGAACCCUUAUAUUUUUGUAGUUUAUCGGCAAGCAUUUGCUUCACUUGCCCUGGCUCCAUUUGCUUUCCUUCUAGAAAGGAAGAAGGCUCCUCCGCUCUCAUUUAUCCUACUGUGCAAGAUCUUCUUGGUUUCUUUAUGUGGGAUUACAUUGAGCCUCAAUCUAUACUAUGCUGCACUCAACUACACCUCUGCAACAUUUUCUGUAGCAACCACUAAUGUGAUCCCCGCCAUAACCUUUAUUAUGGCUGUCUUAAUGAGGAUAGAAAGCAUAUCUAUAAAAAAUCCGUAUGGGGUGGCCAAGGUGUUGGGUACUGUUACAUGCGUUUCGGGGGCUUUAAUAGUGGCUUUGUACAAGGGUCCUUCUAUAAAGUUUAUGAAUUGGUAUCCAUCAGUUCACAAAGAUUUUUCACAUUCAUCUGUUAUCAACACUAGUCUCAAGAUGGAGUGGGUGAAAGGCUCUCUUAUGAUGCUUUCUGCUAACACAGCCUGGUCAUUGUGGCUUAUUUUGCAGGGCCCCAUUAUCAAGAUGUAUCCAGCUAAACUACGUCUGACUAAUCUUCAAUGCACCUUUAGCUGUAUUCAAUCAGCUAUACUGGCUGUAGUUCUAAACAGAAAUCCAUCUUCAUGGAAGCUUGGGUGGGAUGUUCACCUUCUUUCGGUCUCAUACUGUGGUUUUGUUGUCACUGGGAUCACAUACUGGUUACAAGUUUGGUGCAUAGAGAAGAAAGGACCAGUCUUCAUAGCCCUCUUCACUCCACUUGCACUGCUUAUAACUGCUAUCUUCUCAGCAUUCAUGUGGAAAGAGACACUGCACUGGGGAAGUGUUGGUGGGGCUAUAUUGCUAGUGGGAGGUCUCUAUAGCGUUUUGUGGGGGAAGAAGAAAGAGAAAGAGGUGGAAACAGGUGGACCAAAUGAACCAAAACAGAAUGAAGCCAAAGAAGAGAUCAGACUGGAGUGCAUAACACAUCAGUAAUUAGUGGAUAUAGGAUGAAUAAAAAGGUGCUGAAUUGAAGGACUUUGCCUAAGCAAACCCAUAACCCAAAUAGUUCUCUCCAUGGAGAACCUAUUGACCUACCAUCUUAAACAGUUCC